CGCUGCGCGUGUGCGUGUGUGUGCGCGCGCGCGCGCGUGUGAGACGGUCUGCUCCGGUUGCGUAGCUACUGCUGCAGCUCUCGGCAGAAGCGCGCGCGGUACGUGCUACACGGCUCUACCAGCCGCGCGUGCGGUCGCGACACUGGCGUGAAGACAAAGCAGGAGAAGAGGAAGAAGAAGAAGUAGAACAGACACUAGAAGAAAGAGAAGAAGAAGAGCGCCUCGUACCGGCGCCGAAGCACCGCGCGACCCGAUGAAGAGCCGCCCGUUAGGCACGCGCUGCUAGGCGGAAGGGAAUUCUGUCCGCGAUGUCCAAGAGCCUGAAGAAGAAAAACCACUGGACGAAUAAAGUCCACGAAGCGGUGCUCACCCGCAACAAGGAGGGCGAGCUGGGCUUCGAGCUCCGCGGCGGCGCCGAGAACGGGAAUUUCCCUUACUUCGGAGAGGUGAAGCACGGGAAGGUGGCCAUCCAGAGCGGCAAGCUGUGCGCCGACGAGCUGCUGCUGGAGGUCAACGACACGCCGGUGGCUGGCCUCACCACCCGGGACGUGCUGGCCGUUAUCAAGCACUGCAAAGACCCGUUUCGCCUUAAGUGUGUGAAGCAAGGAGGCGUUGUAGAUAAAGACCUCCGCCAUUACCUUAACCUACGAUUCCAGAAGGGAUCGGUGGACCACGAGCUCCAGCAGAUCAUCCGGGAUAACCUCUACCUCCGCACUGUGCCCUGCACCACCAGACAACCGAAAGAGGGAGAGGUCCCAGGCGUGGACUACAACUUUGUGAGUGUGGACCGGUUUAUGGAAUUAGAGAAAAGUGGGGCUUUACUAGAGAGUGGAACAUAUGAAGAUAACUUCUAUGGCACGCCCAAACCCCCGGCGGAGCCCACGCACAUGCUGUUUAAUGUGACUGACCAGCUGCUGCCAGGUGCCCGCCCCAGCGCUGAGGGGAAGAGGAAGAGGAACAAAUCGGUCAGCAACAUGGAGAAGGACAGUAUCGAGCCUCCUGAGGAAGAGGAGGAGGAAAGUCCUGUCGUUAACAGCAACGGCAUUGCUAUCACACCAGAAUCAAGUGAGCACGAAGACAAGAGCACGGAUGCGUCAGGUGACGUGCCCCCUCAGUUAUGCCCUGCUGAGACGCCCACCCUGACAGGCACAGACGCCCCUGAGGAGGAGCAAGACGCCCCCAAAUCCCCGGCCGACUCGCAGAACAAUGACGAGCUUGGGCCGUUACCCGACAACUGGGAGAUGGCCUACACCGAGAAAGGAGAAGUCUACUUCAUCGAUCACAACACCAAAACAACAUCAUGGCUUGAUCCUCGAUUAGCCAAGAAGGCCAAACCACCAGAGGAAUGCGAGGACGAUGAGCUGCCGUACGGCUGGGAGAAAAUAGACGACCCUAUAUAUGGCAGUUACUACGUGGACCACAUUAACAGGAGGACGCAGUUCGAAAACCCUGUCCUGGAGGCCAAAAGACGAAUCCAGCAGCAGCAGCAAAUGCAAAGCCAAGGCCUGUCGUCCCUGCCGCUGCCCACCAUCUACAGAGAGAAGCCUCCGUUCACGCGGGACGCCACUCAGCUGAAAGGCACGUUUCUGUCCACGGCGCUGCAGAAGAGCAGCAUGGGCUUCGGCUUCACCAUCAUCGGUGGAGACGAACCGGACGAGUUCCUGCAAGUGAAGAGCGUCAUUCCAGACGGCCCGGCGGCGCAGGACGGCAAGAUGGCGACAGGUGACGUGAUCGUCUACAUCAACGACAUCUGCGUCCUGGGCACCACCCAUGCAGACGUGGUCAAGCUCUUUCAGUCGGUGCCCAUUGGACAGAGCGUGACCCUCGUGCUGUGCCGGGGAUACCCUCUGCCCUACGACCCAGAGGAGCCGUCGGCCAGCUCGACGGUGCCCCCACUGGGCCUGGUGGACCCCUCGCUCCUGCUCAACGGACGCAGCACCUACGACAACUACAUGGAGUACAUGUCCCUGACAGGCCGUCUGCUUCCUGAGCACGGAGACGCUCUAUCCCAGGCGUCUCAUCCUGGAGACACACAUCUGGACGGAUCACAGCCACCAUCCCUCAACACACCAGGGUCUCUGCACGACGACGCCGUCUCCAUGGCCUCGUCGUCUGGGGCAAUAGCAGGCGCUCAAACCACACCAGAGAUUCUGAGCCUCACCAUGACCAAAGGAUCUGAGGGCUUCGGGUUCACCAUCGCAGACAGCCCGACAGGCCAGCGGGUCAAACAGGUGCUGGAGCCACAGGGGUGUCCGGGCCUGUGCGAAGGGGAUCUGAUAGUGGAGAUUAACCAGCAGGGGCUGCAGGGCCUCAACCACUCACAGGUGGUGCAGAUCCUGAAGGACUGCGCCGUAGGUACCGACGCCACCCUCGUCAUCCAGAGAGGAGCAGGAGCAGGACACUUCUCCUCCUGGGAUGGUGCCAAACAGUGGGACCCCCAGGGAAGCCCCCAGCUUGGCCUUACAGCCCCUGGCCUCCCUCACACCGCUGCUCACGUGGGUCAGACUCUCCACUGCACAUCCGCCCCUGAUCCAGACGGUGCUCACCUCAGCAAACCCGACCCCUACGACCUCUACGAGAAAUCUCGAGCUUUAUACGAGAGCAGGCAGCCCGGCCCGUUACGGACGCUGACUGAGUCUACAGGUGUGGAAUACCAAGAGGUAGAGGUUCACCUGCUGCGAGAGAAGACAGGCUUCGGCUUCCGCAUCCUGGGAGGAGACGAGGCGGUGCAGGCUAUCGUAAUUGGAGCGAUAAUCGAGAACAGCCCGGCGGAGCGCGAUGGCCGUCUGCGUCCAGGUGACGAGCUGGUGUCCGUGGACAGGAUGCCGGUAGGGGGUCGACCCCACAGCUACGUCAUCGACCUCAUGCAUGCAGCGGCACGCAACGGCCAAGUGACGCUCACUGUGAGACGCAGAGUCGUGCCUCAUCCAAGCCAGCCCUGUGGAGAGAACGGAUCGGCAGCCAAUCAGAGCAGCUCUCCACGAGGACGUGCCGUGUGUCCAGUCAACUUGCCUCCCACCACCGAUGUAGUCAUCCACCGCAAGGAGACAGAGGGCUUCGGCUUCGUCAUAAUCAGCUCUCUGAACAGGCCGGAGAACACCGCAACAAUCUCCGUGCCGCACAAAAUCGGACGCAUCAUCGAGGGCAGUCCAGCUGACCGCUGCGGGAAGUUGAAGGUUGGCGACCGCAUCAUGGCCGUCAACAAUCAGUCGAUUAUCAACAUGCCUCAUGCUGACAUUGUGAAGCUGAUCAAAGAUGCAGGACUCACUGUUACUCUGCACAUUAUCCCUGAGGAAGAUGUAAAUGCCCCCAUCUCUGGCCCAACCUCAGAGAAACAGAGCCCCCUAGUGGUUCAGAAGCAAAGCCCUUCAACUUCUGCAACUCAGCUGAGUCCCAGUCUGACCAACCCGAGCCCCCCGGCCCCGCACCCGAGCCCCGCCACCACACAAUCCAGCCCCCAGAGGAUGGAGCCAAGUCCUGCAGGAACACAGAGUACCACGCCAGUCACUCAGACCAACCAGCCUGCUAGUCAGCCCAGUCUUGAGGCAGUGCACUCAGGACCAAUGGUGAGCCAGGCAGGACAGGCGGGAGAUCAGAGUGUCCCUGUACCGACCGUCCAGGGCAUCCCGGUUGUUUCGGGUGUCCCUGUUGUUCAGGGAAUCACAGUCAUCCCGGGUGUCCCAGGCGUUCAGCUUACCACCAUUGGUGGGGUGCCAGUCGGCGUGCCACCUCAGCUGUAUCUUCAUGACAGCAGGUCGGAGGUAAAAGCCAGACAGGAUGUUAAACCCGAUAUCUGCCAGCCACCAUACACGGACUACAGACAGCCUCCGGUGGACUACAGACAUCCACCAGUAGCAGACUACAGGCAGCCUCCCACCAUGGACUACAGACACCCGCCUCCUCUCAUCGACUACAGGCAGCAUUCAAUCCCAGAUUACAGGCCACAGGACUACGACUAUUUUACAGUGGAGCUGGAGAAGAGUGUGAAGGGCUUCGGCUUUAGCAUCAGAGGCGGGAGGGAGUACAAGAUGGACCUGUUCGUGCUCCGUCUAGCCGAGGACGGCCCCGCUAUCCGCAACGGCAGGAUGAGGGUGGGUGAUCAGAUAAUUGAGAUAAACGGCGAGAGCACACGGGACAUGAGUCACGCCAGGGCCAUUGAGCUCAUCAAGGCGGGCGGACGACGAGUGCGUCUGCUGCUUAAACGAGGCACGGGGCAGGUACCUGAAUAUGGAAUGGUACCUUCCAACCUUCCCAUGUGCAUGAAAAGCGACACUCUUGCCUCUCCCUAUUUCUUCAUAAUGGGACACUCUAAAGACACGACAGUGCCACCUCCUGGAGUUUUGACCCUCCAGCCCCCCCUGCCUUGCCGGAAGUAGCGUGGACUCGUUAAUCGACUUGUGCCCUUUGUCAUUGCCCAUCAUCUCACCCAGCCCUGCCCCCUGGGACUCGCUCCAUACCCCCUCCUCCCCCCCUCUCUCUCUCUCUCACAGGCACUGCAUGAUGGGCCUGGACCAGACAUGGUGCUCACUGGAGGCCAGCUUAGCUCAGUGCCACCAGCAUUAUAGAGUUGCACAUAGAGGAGGGGUGGCAGGUCCAUCCAGAAGAGCUGUAUAUGUACGCAAAGAAAAGUCCUGGAAAAGGGAUAAACAUUGUCUGGUAUGAAGUCAGUGAAGGAAUGCCAGUCAUGGAUUGUCUGAUCCAGGUUUUUUUUUUUUUUUUUUACGAGAAUGAAAAGGCAGAGGAGGGGCCACCAGGCCGGAUUUAACUCGCCUGGAUCAAAGGCGCUUCCUAGUUUGACUCUGUAUCCAAGGACGCCCAAGAAGACCGGACCGGACUAUUUAAGUCUGGUCUUCCUGCACAUUGGAUUUUUUUCUUGUUGUGCUCCACUCACCAUCUGAUAGGGAUUCAGUCUCGUUCUCUUAUUGGUUGACGCCGUAGGAGGGUUUGUUUGUAUUAUGUUGAGUUGUUUAUCUUACAUAAAUCCCUGGGGCAACAAGUGAAGAAAUUCAAAUAUCUAUGUGUAGCAUGAAAGGUACCACAGCCACCAGAAAUCCAUGAAGAACUCGACUACUUCAGCAGUAUUGUGUUUCAUUAUGCGUCAGUAUUAGUCCGGUGUAGACCUUCCCAUGUGCACUGAUGCGAACGGAAAGUUAAGUUGAGGCCAAGAUUAUUUAAUCGCUUUGCAUUUUUGUUCUGUUAAGGAGAAAUAAUUUAGCUAAGAAAAGCCGUCAGUAAUUCUUUUUUUUUUUCUUUUUCUUAUUUUCAAGUGAUCAUAAAGGGAAUAUCAGAAAAACAGCAUCAUAUAAAUACACAUAUCAGUCAGCGACACACUCAUGAAGACUUGUACCUCUAACCAUCUGUAAUACAGUAUCACGUUAUACAUCGUAGUAAUACAUCAUUAUAAUAAUAAUAAUAAGAGGAAAUGCACUCCAUUUAUGUUAUUAAGGCAAGAUUUUUUUAACGACUACGGACUACCGAGCCAAACCUGCGUAACACACACGCUGUGCAGGAUUUCUCAAAAGCCUCAGUGUGUCAUUCCAGCCUCAUUGUCCCUGUACUGUGCUUCAUGAACCACACCACUGUGGGGCCGGGGCCCCGUCCCAAUCCUUAUAAUCGGCCCUUCCUCGUCUCCUUUUGCCUCGAGGCCAUCAAGUUAAAGGGACAAGAGUAGGUGGAAGCUAUGUGUUCGGAUGACAUCGAGAAAAUGGCAAAGCAAGGCGGGAUUGGACUGUGCUAUCUGAGACUGUGGGACUCGAAGUAAAUUGACAGUGUGUUUGCUCACAUGGAGGAAGGUGUGAGCCUGUGAGAAUUGGGGGAAUAGCAGAGUGUGGAUAGUGUGAACAGAGACCCAGUUGUAUGGGACAGAGUGCCUUACUGGCAGGAAUGGAUACAGCAUGAAAUGCGUUUUUUCCAAAACAGCUCAUAGUCCUUGUGUGGACUAUAUUCGAGAUUUAGCUUCUUUUUUUUUUCUUUUUUUUUUUUACAUUAAAACAUCCAGCCGUCAUCGUCGUCAGGAAUGUCUUUGAAAAUACAGUCCAUCUGGUUGCACUUGGUACUACUAUAGGUAAACCGGCUGAUUGUUUAGUUCUACGUUUGUGUUCAUGUUUAUCAUUCACACCAUACCGUUUUUUUCUCUUUUAAACAAACUUUUUCUUGCAGCAUGACACAGUUAACACCAUGCCAUAAAUACUAGGCAAGAAAAUCAAUCAUGACAUUUGUAUCUGUCAUGCAAAGCCUAAAUAAUAAUCAGCAUCUUUUUUUUAAUCCAGUACUGUAUAAUUAAACAUUACAUACAGUAACAAAGGAAAAGCGUUUCUAUGAGUACUCAAGAGUCAAGAAUUGUCAAAUUUCCCCAUACUAAGAAAAGUGCAAGUCCCUUAACUGCUCAUGUGUGUUAAGAUAAAUAUAAGCCACUCUAGAUAAGAACGUCAACACCAUAAACAUAAACAUAUCCCCAGGACUGGCUCUGGAUCUACCACGUGGGUCAGUAAAUCCUUACUUAAGAUAAAUGAAUAUCUGAAUCUAAUAUAGGCCAAAUUCUACAGAUUUACAAAUCAAUUCAAGGAUUCAUUAAAUUCUACUAAACUAUACAAAAAUGACUGGCCAGGGACUUCUGUUGUAAGCUUAUUUGUAAUUUACUACUCAUUUUGUUUACCCAGAGAUCAAAAAUUCCUAUCCUGAAGAUACCAUGGGCCACAAGUUGACCAUAGUCAGGAGUCUGUGAGAACAAAAAACAAUGGCCGUGCUCUCUGGAUGGUGAAGAUGGCAGUAUGGCCCCAGCGGGUAUAUUUGGUUGUUAAAACGUUGUGGUGAUGUUAAUUUAGCUAUUUAGUUAAUGUUGAGGACGUUAGUUUUAGUUUUUUUUUUUAAAUAAUUAACUUUGAUAAAAUGACAUGGUAACAGUGUUGACUGCGUGACCAUGGGAUAAUGUUGAACGAAUGCCCCGAACACAAUGGUGCAAAAAUGACUUCUAGACGAUCCAAGGACCAAACCAAUGGCCUGAGCAGGAUUCAGCUUUCAGUCACUGUGGUGAAGGCAUGGUGUGCUUAUCAGUGGACCACUAGGGGACAUGAUGUUGAUGCUAGUAAAUGCGUGCACAUAACAAAAAGCACAAAAAAAAGACAACUGCAAUUUAUCUAAAUAUUAAACUGGAAACCAGCCAAAAGUGUAAAAAAAAAAAAACUGUUAAAGUCAGAGAUCUGUUUAGUAAAAUUGGGCGUGAUGCAGUUUGGACACUGUGCAAAUAUCAUAAUACAGUAGAGUCAGGAGAUUUGGGAGCUAAGAUGCGCCUCACAGAAAGAAAAUGAAACAGAGAGGUAACAUUACAAGACCAAGAGAUGUGUGACAUAAGAUGACAUGGAGGAAACCGUUUGUGCCUGUCCCAAUCUCUGAUUUCUAAACGCUGAUAGAAAAUUACGGGACUGUGGACAGUCAUUCAGCACAAAUGAAGCCAAAUAACCGCUCAAAUUGCAUUUGUUUUUAGGUUGUAUUUGCAACAUCAUGUUUGAAUCAUUCAUUCGAUGUUAUCUCGACUCCAUUUUAUUAAAGUCAUUCUGAGUUUCAGGAACAGUGUUUUCCAGACGAUGGGCAUCAUCACAACGUUGUAACAACUAUAUUACAAGGCACAUCCAACAUUCGGGUUCCUGCUGGGGGCUAGAUAGCGCUGUCGCUACAUUAUGAGCUGUUUGAAGAAGUGACGCUGGUCGGGUGUUUUAUUAUAGAGCAGAGCCAGCUGCUGGGUAGGAAAUACCAAGACGAAUAGAUGGGGAGUGAUUCUCAGUUCGGGGGAAAGUCUCAAGACUCUUGUCUGUCAUGAUCACAUGAUACAGAUUUAGUAGAAAGAUAUUUUGUUGCAAGAUGCCAAAAGAGUAUUAACUUUAUGUGCUUAUAAAUGUUGUGUUACAAGGGUAGGUACUGAGCGCAUUGCAUGCUUGAGGAACGCUCGAUUCUUUUAGCUGGCCUUACCGGAAAGGAUGGGUCGGUAUAACUUGCGAAUCCAAUUACAUUUUGAACUCAAGCUGCAUAUUUGUCACUGGUACCUGCCCAAGGUAGUAACGUUUAAUUGAAUAACAUCAUUUAGUCUUUAGCUUAAAAGCAAGCACGACUGACUGGAUCACUACAUCGUGUGUAAGAGUGGAAGCUCGGCUACUUUCCGUCUAAGGAGUAAUUCGUGCCAUAAAAUGAUUCUGUAAGACAAACAGUUCUCUCUCUGCUCUGCCUUCAUGCGCAGCGUAUUCUGAUGUAACUACAGCGGGCUUCGGCUGCUCUCAGCCCACACACAGCCCGAUAACUGUGCCAACACGACAGACCAUACUCAAGUACAUGGAAUGUAACUAAGAAACAUGAAGCAGUAUGGAAACGUUUAUAUCUGAGAUCGAUACCGAAGCUGCACUCAGUUUAAUCACAUAUCAGAGACCUAAAUCUUGGAGAGAAUGUGAAGAAGAUAUAAAAACAACAUAACGUGCCAGAAAGUGUUCCUAAGGCCCUGAUAGUUUUGUACCUUUGACAUGCAUUUGUACCAGUUACUGAUUCACCGAGUGGUUGAAGUGUGUUAGAUUUAAUUGCUGUUUACAUGUGGAGAUGUAGGAAGAGAAAGACGGAGCAUCUAUUGCACAGCUCAAGCUUUUCUUGACAAAGCUGUAUCCUGCCUGCUGUGGGAAAAAAAAGACUAAACAAAAAGAAAAAAAAACAUUUUAUAUUACUGAGGAAAAUAUUGAAUCUGUGAAAGAUGGCACAUUCAAGGGGCCCAUUUCAGAUCGAUAUUACUGUGUAGUGUUAGAUGUGUAUUUACCUUGUACAGCUGUACUCCUAUAAAUAUGGUUUAAUGUAUUAUUGAUAGUUUCAAAGACUUAAGUAAUCAAAUAUUUUUAUGAAAUGCAACAGUGCGGAUAUAUUAAAUUUUGCUAAACACUUGUUUACCUGUAUGAUAUUCUGAAAUACUGUCAAAUAAACUCUUGACAUGGUGUAAAGUAUUCAUUUUAUAGUACUCAUUAUACUCAUGUCCGUUUCUAUGAGUGUGAGCGGUUGUUAACGGUA